AUAUAUUAAUCUCUGGAAUGACUUAUUUAAUUUUACUGAUCAGAAAACAUAUAUUUAGAAAAAAGGUUUCAAUAAUUACAAAUUUGACAACUGGGAUUAGGGAACAAUGGGUGCAAUCCAUUUGAAAUGUUUGGAGCGAUGGCUAGAAGAGAGCAAUAGGAAUAGUUGCGAAUUGUGCGCCUACGAGUUCCAAGUAGAACGAACACCUCGUUACAAGGUUCUCCGCUCCAUCGUGGUUUGGUUGUGUCGGAAUCAGGAUGAACAUCAGAUGUAUGCUCGCAAUGUGAAAGCCGAUUUACUCAGAUGUCUCGUAGUCAUUCCUGUGACCAUCGCGUGCUCUUACAUCUGCGUAGUCGCUGCGGAUUUUUACGCUAUGAACAAUUACGACAAUUUCCCACCCGCGCGAUGGACCACUUACUCCCUGUUGUCAAUGAUGGCGUUACUGAUCUUGUCUUUUUUCGUCUGGAUUUACAUGGCAUUACAAUAUCAUCAAAAAGCAUGGUUUCACUGGUGGCAAAAGUCCAGCAUUGUGACAAUAGUCAAUUUGACACGGGAAAAUGCUGCUUUAGAAAUUAGAAACGAAAAACGCAAUAUAUCAGAGAUCUGACAAUGGAUGUCGAGUUAAUCGAGGAAUUGAUUAAGAGGCCCGUCGUUUGAUAGAGAUCUUCCCACGACUCAGCUGCGAUGUGUAAAUGCGUACUUUGCUG